UAAAGGCUGGGGCUGGCUGUGGCCUCUCAGUCCGGCCAGGACCGCGACGGUGAAGCACCUGGGUUGAGAGGGAGUGGCAAGGUAACGCGCAACCACUAGCUCCCCCGUCCCCAGCCCAGGCCUCUGCUGAGGCGGGUGUGUGUUGGGACCCGGGAGCAGCUCUCACUGCGUGUCGCCAACCAACACCUUCCUCCCCCACCAUCCUUACCCAGCCCCAGUCCCACUCAACCCACCUGGGCAAGACAACCCAGGUGCGAAGGACAAGAGAUAUCUACGAGCAAGCGGUGAAGAGGGGGGGCCUCCUGGAAAGAGACGAAGGCAGGAUUCCAGCCACAGGCAUGUGGUCAUCCUCAGACACAAGCUGAGGAGGUUCUUCAAACCAUCGGAUCUGGCCAAACUUGACAGCUUCUAGGACGCUACUAUUUAGACCUCUUGGGGGCUCCCUGAACCAUGACCCAGACCCUCUACAACAAGGAGGACCCUCUUAAUCUGGGCGGCGGCUGGUCAUCCUCUGCCCCCUUACACACCUGGUCAUCCUGCCAUGGAAGGCGCCGAGGCGCUCCGAUUUACAAGCGGCGGUACCGCUAUGGCCCCAAGGCCGAGUAUGAGCCUCCCAGGAAAAAGCCCAAGCAGCACUACGGUCCAGGCCCGUGGUUCCAACCUCCCCGACGGCCCUGCUGGGCCGUGUACUCCAACUGGGGGCGUUGCGGAGGGCCCUGGUGCCCACCUCCCGCAGGAUUCCGGAAGCCCCCCUACCAGAUGCACAUGAUCCGGGUGUAUGGUCUGCACCCACUCUGCCCUUGCUGCUGCUCUUGCUGGCGUGGGCCCUGGAAUCCAGGCUGGGCAAGGCCUCCAGGCAGGAAGAAGCGCUGGGGCCGCAGGGGCCGCGGCCUACGCCGCCACCCUCGCCGCUCCUCCCCAAAGAGCCCGCCGGCCGAUGCGAGCACUUUGCUGCGGCCUGUCAACCUGUAUGGGUGGCGCGCGCCAGGUAUGAGAGCGCCACGGAACACCACCCAGUUCAUUAUGAACCAGAUCUACGAGGACAUGCGGCAGCAAGAGAAGAUGAAGCGCCAGCAGGAGGCGCUACGAGUGCAGCAAGCCCAGGCUGAAGGCUUGGCGUCCCCGGCCGGCUCCACCGGAAAUGACGCGCCCCCUAGCGGCGGUGAGGAGGACUUGGAGCUGCAGGAAACUUUGUAUAGCUUCAUGCAGAAUCCCUCUCUAGUCUUCAGUCCUGCCCCAGAGGAGGAAAAGCAGUCUCCCAACGCGCAGCUGGUGGAGGAAGAGGAAGAGGAAAAAAUUGAGGAUGAGGAGAAAAUUGAGGAUGAGGAGGAGUGUGAUGAGGAGCUGUGUGAUGGAAAGGAGGAGGAGGGUAGUGAAGAGGAGGAAGAGGAAGAGGAGGCGGAGAAUGGAGAGACAGAAGAAGAGGUGGAUGAGGAGGAGGUGGAUGAGGCUGAACAAGGAGAGGAGGAUGAAGAGGAGGGAAUGGAAGAGGAGGGCCUGGAGGAGGAGGAAGAGCAGAGAGAGGAUGAAAAUCACUUGCCUCUGGAAAUGCCUUUGUCAAUCCUAGUAGGGGAAGAAGAAGAAAGAAAGAAUUUUAUAGACUAUACUUAUUUAAGCACAGAACAGAUUAUUCCCAAAGUGCCACAGGAAGCUCUCUUCACGGUACAAGACAUUAACCACUAGACAUCUGGAAGGGAAUUGAGGAAUGGGAUGGAACUAAAUUUUGAGGCUAAGAUCGAUUAGCAACUUUUUAAAAACUAAUUUAAAAUGCUAUGGAUCUUCCUCAGAAGAACAUGAAGUUGCUUCUGUGGAACUGGUUAUCUGCCAUGGCCUCAACAAUCCAUAAUCCAUGCAUGGAGAGGAUUCCCCAUGGUCAGAAGUCAACUUGCACAUCUAGUUAAAAUCCAAGCAUAUUUCCAGAAUAUCCCUUGAUGAAGAAUUUGAACCUGCCUUCUCCAAAAUACCAUGAUGAACUAUGCUGCUUAGUUGGAACCACAUUUAAUUGCUGGUUAAAGAGAAGACUACAUUGAUAUUUACCAAAUGUUGAUUUUCAUUCAUAUAUUUCACUUUUUUGCAGCUUUCAAGAUAACAAAGUAAGCUGUUGAAUAAAAAUAAAGUACAUAUUCUCAUUUA